AUGGCGUCUUCCUCGUCGCAGCGUAUGAUCCAUCAGGAUUAUAUUGCUAGAAUACGAUACUCCAAUGCCUUACCACCACCGCCCAACCCCCCGAAGCUCCUCGACAUCCCCAAUACUGGCCUUGCGAGCGGACAAUACACAACGCCUGGCUUUGCAUCGCGGCUCGCGCGAGAUCAGCCACUAAAUAUUGAAGCUGAUGCCGAGCUUGGUAUGCCAUUAGAUUUGGUGGGAAUGCCAGGUAUCUUCGAUGGCGAUGAGAGUUCUAUCCAAGCUCCAUUGCAUCCUCCGCAACCUCACCCUCAUGAUCGCGCCCUUCUUCGACCUUUAUCAACACUCGGCAAGCCGAAAUUCUCGGAUUCUGGGGUGUCCUUCCUGCGGCGUACUGAAUACAUUUCGUCCUAUACCUCCAAAUCACGCUUCGAAUCUACAACAUCAAGAUCCUUGAUCGACAACACCGGGAAUCGCGCCAAGAGAGCGCCGGGGAAUAUUGACAAGGAUUCACCAGAAUACAUCAAAAGCCAAGCAGUGAAGAGCUUCCAAAUAGCAGCAAACUACCUCAAGAAUCCGAACCAAGUCCGCCAUCCAACGAAACGCAAUGUCAAGCUCCUCGACGCCAACCCCCUUCUCCCUGAUCUCGACUCUUUCCCCGACGCCGGCGGCUACGUAACCAUAAAAUUCAUGACCAACCCCGUCCCACCCAGCACAACUUACGACAUCCGCCUGGAAAAUAGCUUACUGAAGCCCAUGGAUGUGACAGAAGAAGAAGAAGCCGCGAAAGCGGCAGCAGCAGAACUCUAUAACAAAGACCCGGAACGCUACCCACCACCAGACAACACCAUUGAGUACGAAUUCUUCAUGACCGACACGCAGUCCGAGGCGUUGGCAUUCAAACGCAAAUUCGACGCCCUGGAUCCAGAGAAAGAUUCCGAGGAGAUAUAUACGCAGAAGAAUGGUGCUGGAGAUGGUUGUAUCCGCUUCAAGCGGGUACGCGCCUAUGAGAGCGCAUUCGCUACAGGCUCGGCGGCUGAGAAGUACGAGGAAGUCAUCAUCGCUGUUCAUGAUGGCAAGGAUGGACUAAGGCAGAAAGGAGCGUACUAUUAUCCCAUUGUGCAAAAGAGCGGUAUCCGGCCUCAGAGACAGAAGAAUAUCGAUGCGCGGAGGAGGUUCGCGCAGGAGGAACCGAAGAGACAGACGGAUUUCCUGGAUAUGAGGGUCGACGAACCGUUUGAGGAUCUGAAGGGUCAGAGAGAUGUGUAUCGGACGGAGCCGUUCGGGCACGAGGUGGAGGAGGAG